CCAUUUCUGAAGACAGCACCCAGGUUUUUGCUCCAAGUCAUUUACAGUGUUCAGAUUCAACUGCUACAAUGUCGAACAGUAACCAAGAGAAGAGCGGCACAGAGUCUGACCAGAGCAAACAGCAACAUGCACAUGUCAACAGAGCACGUCAUGAUGCCACACUAUUGAAUCCUGGUCUUCCAACACUUUAUCGUCUGAACACAGACAGAACAUAUGUUGAUGGGACUGAUGGAAAGGUCAGACGGUGGACAUAUGGAAAAAGAGACGGAAACAAACAGAACAAAGUCAUUCUGAUGGUGGGAGAAUCCGCCACUGGGAAAACCACCUUGAUCAACACCAUGAUCAACUACUUUCUGGGAGUGAAGUUUGAGGAUGGAGAGUUUUAUCAAAUCACAGAAGAAGAUGAAAAACAUCAAGAUCAGUCACAAUCCCAGACAUCUGAGAUCACUGUUUAUGAGGCGUUUGCUGAAGAAAACCCAACAUCUCUGACCAUCAUUGACACUCCAGGAUACGGAGACACUAAAGGAUUCGAGAAAGAUGAAGAUAUUUCUGAGAAUCUGUGCAGAUUAUUUUCAGAUAAGGAUAAUGGGAUUCAUUACCUUGAUGCAGUGUGUUUUGUGAUGAAGGCGUCUCAGAAUCAACUCUCUGGUAAACAGCAUCACAUAUUUCACUCAUUUCUGUCUCUGUUUGGUAAAGAUAUAAAGAACAACAUAGUGUUUCUACUCACACAGUCAAAUGGAGAACGUCCAACAGAUGCUCUCAAUGCCAUUAAGAAAGCAGAAAUACCCUGCGGAAAAGAUGAAGACAAGAAACUUGUUCACUUCUUAUUCAACAACCGACAGAAAGAGGAAAGAGACGAAGAGUAUGAUCAUGUUUUGAAAUCAGUCUGGAGACUGGGAGACGAAAGCAUGAAUGAGUUCUUCAAACUCCUGAAAGAAGAGAACAGAAAAAGUGUUCAGAUGACAUUAGAUGUUCUGAUAGAGCGAAGACGACUCGAGACCUGUUUCUCUAAUCUGAAGGACAGCUUAAACGAGAAGGAGACAAAAAUAAAAGAAUUGACUGAUGAUCUGGAAUCCAUCAGAGAUACCAACGGCAAGAUUGAGAGAGGUGAGGAAGUUGAUUUGAGAAAACGUAUAUAUUUAAAAGUAAAAGUCCCCAUUGUAAAUCAGUGGUGGUGGAACAGUAAGGCGACCUGUUGCUCCGUCUGUGAGGAAACCUGUCAUGAGUGGAAAUGCUGUAUGGCACCAGAUCCCUCAUGGUGUUGGGUCAUGAAAAACGGCAACUGCACUGCGUGUACAAAAAAGUGUCAUUACAGCAAACAUGUCAAAGAGAACAAAAAAUAUGAGGCAGAGGAUAUCACACGGGAGUACUAUGAAGGCAGAGAAGAAGAAGUGAAGAGUCAGCUGGAGGAGAUUAAAGAAGAAAAGUCCCUCCUAUUGCAAGAAGCAUAUACCAUCAUCAUGAAUCUGUCUGAGAUUGCACUGAAAGUAGACGACGCUUUCACUCUUCAACAUCUGGAUUUCUUGAUUCCCAGACUGAAGGAGGAGGGAAAAGAUGAAUGGAUAAAGAAGCUGGAGGAUCUGAAGAAAGCUGGAGGAGCGCAGAAAAACAAGGGGCUGUUGAUCGCUUAACUAG